AUGGGGCAUCUAGACAUGAGCGGAAGGUCUGUAAACACAGUAAAGGCAUCAGGGCAAUCUACACGUCAGACUGCUCACAAUACCGAAGCUGCUACCCCUACAAAGAGCUCCAGUACCGACACGAAAUCUUCACUGCAGUCACGGCACCCGGCCUAUUCUACCUUGCUCGUUCCUGAUUACAAGCCAUUAACCAGACAAUCAAGCGUGACUCGGCUUCGGCAAAGUACUGAUACAAAUACAGAAACCCGUUCCAGGCCGACGUCUAUUCGGCUGGUUCCUACACAGGGAAAUUCUGCACCCUCGAUAGAUACCCCUGUAUCUGAGAAAAGAUCGGCAACUAGAAGCCCGGAGACUCCAUUGAUAGUACAACCAGCAACUUCGCCAACGCCUAGGUCUACUGUUACUAAGACUGGAGAGUCUGUAGGAACCCCAAUACGACCUGUUGUACACUCUUAUUUCUCUGAUUCUCCCAAUGCAGCUUGGCCUGGAAAUUUCCUUUCAGUCAGGGAUCUAGACUUCAAGCUGCGGUCAAGAUUGUCCGAGCCAGCUCUUAUAAGGACCGGCCAGAAAAAGCCGUCUAAUGGUGGUGGGCAUCCUGGGUAUCCCACUCCCGUCCCCGUCACGCCCCAGAGGCCUGCAGCGAAGUCUUCGGUCUUGCACUCAAGCCCAGCCCAUCACCUCAUGCGCUCUGCAAACACCGUCUCUUCUAGACAUUCCGUGGCUACAACAGACAGGCUUGUUGCAACCGGUGGCACAUCUCAGAGCGGGGGUACGGGCCACCAACUGAAGGGAGCUCAAUCGUGCCCAACCAGAGUCGCAGACCUUCGCCGUCUCUUUGACGAUGGUAAGCCCGUAGGUCCAGAUUUAGGGCCAUCGUCAAGGUGGAAAGAAUCAAGCAUUGCCGCGGCGCCCCGUUCGACCUUUUCCGGCUUAAGGGCUCCUGUCUUUCGUCUACCUCAGCCUGCAGGUCCCAAACGCCCCGGCGGACCUUUAUUCUCGCCUGUCAAAAACUUAUCCACCAAUAACUUUGGCAGUAACUAUGGACACGGACCUGGUUCCGAUGGUAUCUCCCCUGGUGCAUCCCCAUUGAAACAAAAGAUCACGCUCUUUGAAAAUAUGAGCACCCCAGAGAGUCUACACCAGUCAUCUCCCAGUCAACAGGUCAAGACAUACGAUGGCGCUAUCGAAGACUCUGACAGGAAGGAUAUGUCCCGCGGAGACGAUAGCCUGAGGAAAAAGGCUAGCCAGAUGCUACAUCCCAUCGGUUCUGCAGGCAUACUAAGGAAACUCUCCAGAAGCUUAAGAAAUGAGAUGCAAGACAAUUCUAAGGACCCCGAUACAAUCAGAGAUGUUGCUGGCUCCAGCAGAUUUAGGAGAAAAAUUGUUAAGCGCCGACUCCAACAGCCACAGCACCCCAAGCCACCGUAUACCUUGGACAACGCCGGACGCAGCAGCACUGCGCUUGUUCCGGUGAAGCAACGUGAUAAAAAUGUGCCUGAAUCGGGCACUGAUACUGCGAGCUAUGUGCACCGAGUUAAUUCGACAAAAGAGUCUGGUGGUUCCUCGGUAGCCAAGAGGCUUCUUACUAGGAGGAGCAUGCCGUUCUUCAACAAAUCAGUCCACGCAAGCGACCAGCUUUAUAAAAGGCCCGUGGGAUCUUCUUACUCGCCCUCUUUCAGCAGCGGGAGUGUGCCAGCGCCCCCGACACCCAGUGCCAGAACCACAAACAGCAACACGAGAUCCAACGCAAGCAAGUAUAGUUUUGCUGGCAGCAGCGCCAUGUCCGCGCCCCAGCCGCGGCUGACCAAACUCUCCAAUAGUGCCAGCUUUGUAACCGAACACAGCACGCAAUCGGCGCCUCAGCCGCUAGCCACAGAGACUCUAGCAAGGGGAAGGACGUCGAGCCUCAGACGCCGGUUUUCGUCGUCGUUGAGUCGCGCCAUCAACCCCUUUCGGCCCCAUCAUGGCAAGAAAGACGGCGACGGUGCCGGCUGGGUCGGACAGUCUGGAUCAGGCGCAAGUGGCGGUCUGACGAGGGCUGUGUCGGUGGCCAAGUGCGAUCUCGAGCAUCCUAGGCCCAUCAGGGGCGCGGAGAUGGGGCAGAUAAUCGGCAUGUUUGAGCAGCACGAGGCGAGUGCCAACUCUGCAGAGCAUGCCAAUGGUACUGGACAGGCGAAGUUAUGA